AUGAAACUUUUUCAGAUUCCAAAGCCACGUGACCUUGAAGCAAUACACUUCGAUAUUGAUCGUUUCGAUAUCGGUGUGGUUGUGUCAUUUGGGUACUUUUUAUCACCAGCUAUUCUUGAAUCCUUUACGAAAGGAUCGAUGAACGUUCAUCCUUCAUUAUUACCAAAAUAUCGUGGAGCAGCUCCAAUCCAAUAUGCUAUUUUAAAUGGUGAUCAAGAAACUGGAAUUACAAUUCAAGAGCUUCAUCCUGAAAUUUUCGAUGCUGGAAAAAUUUUAAGGCAGAUUAGUAUGGCCAUUCCUUCUGAAUCCACUUACCUGUCACUUGAGUCAAUUCUUGCUGCGGAAGGUGCUGAGUUAUUAGUUGAUACUCUUCGAUAUCUUGAUUAUUUUCAGGCUAAUGCACAAGAACAAGAUACAACAAAAGCCACAAAAGCGCCAAAAAUUUCAAAAGAUAUGGCUGAAAUUAAGUGGAAUCAGAUAACUGCGGAUCGAUUAGAUAAAUUAUAUCGUGCUAUAUCUCAUCAGUAUUCAAUAACCACAAAUUUUAUUGAGAAACGUAUACAAUUACACAAUAUCUCUUUACCUUCUGAACUUAAACAACAAAAGAUCAGAAUUAAAACUGCAAAUAUAAAAGUCAAUUAUAGCCCGGGUACGAUUAUUUAUGAUUCGAAAUCAUUAGAUUCGAUAUACGUUAUCUGUAAUGAUGAUAAGUUAAUUGAAUGUCGAAGCGUUAAAAUGGAAGGAAAGAAUGAAAUUUCAGUAAAAGAUUGGAUUAAUGGGUAUGGAGUUGAAAGUGGAAAGAUGAAAUUUGAAUCUUUAUGA